AUGCAUGUAGAAAGAUUACCACCCCAUGAUGAAAGCCAAGCUGUGGGAGACACGGGGAAAGAAGAAGGGACUAAGGAAGGAGAUCAAGAAGAAAAGCAGGAAAAAGGAAAGGAAGAGGAAAAAGGAGUAGAUAUAGACGAAUGCAAGGAUCCAAACUCUUGCCCAGCUAAGCAAAAAUGUAUAAACACGCCUGGUGCCUAUGAAUGUCAUUGUGAAGAAGGAUACGAGAAGGGAGAUGGUGACGAGUGCGUGAAAAUGAAAUGUAAAUGCGGUGCUCAUGGAUCUAAGUGCGACGAAGACGGAAAGUGUACUUGUAAUGAAGGAUAUGAAAAAAAUGGAGAAGGAGUAUGUACAGAAUGCAAGUGCGCAUCGCACGAAGAAUGCUUCAACGGAAAGUGCAGGUGCAAGACAGGAUACAAGAAAAAUUCAAAGGGGAUGUGUGCUCGAAAACGCUCUGCUCGCCAAGUUGAUUCAGGCCACUCUGUACACGUCACCAGUCACCUGGGCACCCUCGGCCUCAUAUAG